AGUUCGUCCCCCACUGAUAUAACAAUGGGAAAGAUCAUAUUCUACGAGGACAGAAAUUUCCAAGGUCGGCACCAUGAGUCCACGAGCGACUGUGCCGACCUUCACCCCUACUUCAACCGCUGCAACUCCAUCCGGGUGGAGAGCGGCUGCUUCAUGGUGUAUGAGAGACCCCACUAUUUGGGCCACCAGUACUUCCUCCGCAGGGGGGAGUACUCUGACAACCAGCGCUUGAUUGGAAUCAACGACUGCAUCCGCUCCUGCCGCAUGAUUCCCAUGCACCGUGGUUCCUACAAAAUAAAACUGCAUGAGCGUCCAGACAUGGGCGGUCAAAUGCACGAGGUGAGCGACGAUUGCCCCAACGUCCAGGACCGCUUCCAUAUGUCUGACAUUAACUCGUGCAAUGUGGUUGACGGCCACUGGCUGCUCUACGACCAGCCCAACUACAAGGGAAGAACCUACUAUCUGAGACCCGGCGAAUACCGCAGAUACAGCGACUGGGGCGGCGCCAGUCCAAGGAUCGGCUCGCUCAGGCGAAUCACUGACUUUAACUAG